AUUUUCUGCGCCGACUACAAUUUAUCAGUGAAAUUAAUCUUUAGAUUACUGAGAUUUAACAGCAACCGAGAUGAGCGUGUGGAGGUGGAGAGACUCCCCGCGACUCCGGCAGGAGGAGAAGAAACCUCAGACCUCAGGUUUUGACUUGACGGGACAGCACGAGUCUGACAACAGACGAGAGUCUCCACAGCAGUCUGUAUUCGAGAGAGAUAAUGAAGAGAUCACAGGGCGAGCCAGGGAGGAAGGCCACGUGGACGUGAUAUUUCCGGGGCCAGUGACACAUCAUAGCUGUUGUAUUUUCAUCUGUGAACUCCUUAAGUCUGUCCUGUACCAGAGACAACAGCUGCCCAUGACCUAUGACCAGAUGGUCUCCUUCCGAAUGCAGCAGCUUGCAACAACACAGCUGGAGGAAGGAGCUGUUAGGAAUACCAUCAAGUCAUCAGAAGACUUAACUUGGCAGCGGUGUGAGCGUACACUCCAAGAACUGGAGGAGGUGCUUGAUCACCUGGAGGAGCUCUUCUCCCUGAGUUACGUCCCCCGUGUGCUCUUCAUGCUUGGAGGCUCUGUGAUCCUUCCCACCGAAAUAUACGAGAUCAACAUGGAGGCUUUGGUGCGGGAAGGCAGUGUGAGGAGUUUGAGAACUUCCCUGUGUUUGCAGCAGAUGUUUCACACCCUUUUCUUGGCAGAUUUGCUCUCUGACGUUAAGCCGGUGCGUCUCAUGGGCACCACAGUCAUGGCGCUUGCUCAUCGUAACUGUGGUGUGGAAUGGUUUAAGCCUAAGGUUGACUUCAGGCUUCCCACUAAUGUAAAGAGACAGAUGAUAGUUUUAGCCAGUGGUGGGUCUGGAAGUGGCCAAAUGAAGGCUGACCCUAGAAUCAGGGAUGAUUAUAUUUGGUUUCAAACACCUGUAGCGAUUAAGGGUUUCUGUAAAUAGUAUAGAUAAUAGCAUAGGUGAGGUUCAGACUGUGUACAGAGUUCUGUUUUAAAAUAAGAAAACCAAAAUCAG